GACCUAAAGAUCUGAUUCUAGGGUUUUCACACCCUAUAUAUGUAAGCAAUUUAUCAAAAGCCUCCUCUCAUCUUCCACCUACUACAAUCGAAACCCUUAGGCGGCGACUACUCGAGCUUCAUAACACCCGAAGCUUUUAACUAUGGCGGAUGUAGAGACGGAGGUUGCGACGGCCGGUGUGCCCAAGAAGAGAACAUUCAAGAAGUUUAGCUUCCGAGGUGUCGAUUUGGAUGCUCUCCUUGAUAUGUCCACUGAUGAGCUUGUCAAGCUCUUCCCUGCUCGAGCUCGCAGAAGGUUCCAGAGGGGUUUGAAGAGAAAGCCCAUGGCUCUAAUUAAGAAGCUUCGCAAGGCGAAAAGGGAGGCUCCACCUGGUGAGAAGCCAGAACCAGUUAGAACCCACCUGCGUAACAUGAUCAUUGUACCCGAAAUGAUUGGAAGCAUUAUCGGUGUGUACAAUGGCAAGACAUUCAACCAAGUUGAAAUCAAGCCUGAAAUGAUUAGCCAUUACCUUGCUGAGUUUUCUAUUUCGUACAAGCCCGUCAAGCACGGUAGACCAGGUAUUGGUGCUACCCAUUCUUCCAGGUUCAUUCCUCUAAAAUGAAGUCUUAUCCUUGCAACUUUGGAUACUUUAUUUGGUGUUUGUAUGAAGAGAUAUUUUAUGUUGAUCAAAUUUUGAUUGAUGCACUGUGACAUUUUUAUAUCGUUCCGAAUGUUAUAUUAGAUAAUGCAACUUGUUUUGCUUUUGGAGUUGA